AUGCCUCGUGGUCCACGUAAACAUCUGAAGCGCCUAAGCGCGCCCAAGCACUGGAUGCUCGGCAAGCUCGAUGGCAUUUGGGCGCCGCGUCCGUCGUCGGGGCCGCACAAGCUCCGCGAGUGCAUGCCGCUCAUCAUUAUCCUGCGCAACCGACUCAAGUACGCCCUGACCAAGCAGGAGGUGACGAUGAUUUGCAUGCAAAAGAGCGUCAAAGUGGACGGCAAAGUGCGCGUGGACCCGGACUUCCCCGCUGGCUUUAUGGACGUUGUCGAGCUGCCCAAGACGAACGACCAGUUCCGUCUGCUGUACGACACGAAGGGCCGGUUCGUGCUGCACCGCGUGUCGGACGAGGAGAAGAAGUUCAAGCUUGCCAAGGUCAUUCGCCAGGAGUACACGAAGAAGGCGAUCCCGUACAUUGCAACGAAUGACGGCCGCACGAUCCGGUACCCGGACCCGGUCAUCAAGGUCGGUGACACGGUCAAGAUUGAUUUGGAGACGGGCAAGAUUGCCGACCACAUUAAGUUUGAAGUGGGCAACUUGGUGACGAUCACCCGUGGACGAAACACGGGCCGUGUUGGCAUUUUGCACCACAUUGAGAGGCACCAGGGUUCGUUCAACAUCGCGCACGUGAAGGACUCGGCUGGCAAUGACUUUGCCACUCGUCUUGGCAAUGUGUUUGCCGUCGGCAAGGAGUCCCGUCCGUGGGUGUCUCUGCCGAGGGGCAAGGGAAUCAAGCUCAACAUUCUGGAGGAGCGUGAGCUGAAGGAAAAGCGUGCUAACAACUAG